AAAAAGCGCCAGCAAAUAUGCGAUCCAUUCCAGUGCAGUAUUCACCAGUUGCGACGACACAAUAUGCGAACUCGGGAUUUCCGCUCACAGUCCAAGUAAUGUUGCACCUCACCUCUGAUAUAAACUGAGACAUCGCUAUAUGGAAUCAACACGGGCAUCGGUCCCAAUCCAUCUGCUGAGUCCUGGCCGAACACGACCUUCUGCCUCAGGCAUCAGCAAGGGACCCGCUUAUACGCAAUACGAGAGGAAUACGCAACACGCGGCCCCAUCUUGCCGGCCCUGAUAGGUUCACCGCGAACCACUUUGACAGACGCCUAGAUUAAGCCAGGACUUUUAGCAGAGAAAGGUGGCUAAGAUGGGAGGUCGUACGGUACUAGAUGGAUUGAUCCCACCGGUCUGGACUGGGGCGGAAUGUGCUGAUAUAAAAGCCCAGGGGCUGUCGCAUUUUGGGCCCCUUUACUCUCCAACACUGUCGUUUGCAACACCCAGCUCGAAAAAAAGAAGAAUUAUAAAUUUAUAAAAUACAAAAUGACUGAUAUCACUGGAAAGACCUGUCUCGUAACCGGCGGUGCCGGCGGCCUCGGCAAAGCCAUCGCCACGCGCUUCCUCGCUGCCAACGCCAACAUCGUCAUCUGCGACAUCAACGAGGCCAGACUGCAGGAGACAGAGACAGAGUUGUCGGGCACCAGCAGCGCGGGCAAGGUCAAGGCGAUCAAGGCGGAUAUCACGUCCGCAGCUGCUGUGCAGACCCUCUUCGACGAAAUCGUCGCCACGUUCGGCAAGGUCGACAUCCUCGUCAACAAUGCCGGCAUCAUGGACCGGUUUGACCCUGUCGGCGACCUCGACGCGAGCCUCUGGGACAAGGUCAUCGCCGUGAACCUGACGGCGCCGUUCUUACUGAGCAAGCUGGCGGUGCAGAACAUGCUCGCGCAGGAGAAGGUCGAGGGCAACAUUGUUAAUAUUGUUUCGUUGGCGGGACGGGGUGGUGGCGUUGCAGGCGCCGCAUACACGGCCAGCAAACACGGCCUUGUCGGUCUCACGAAGAACACGGCCGUCGCGUACGGCAACAAGGGCAUCCGGUGCAAUGCGCUCAUGAUGGGCGGUAUGGACACCAACAUCACUGAGGCUUUCAUGGCCGGAAUCAAUCGCGAAGGCAUGGAACGCAUUGAGCAGCUCAUGCAGGCGAUGCGGAUCCCUAUGUGUCCGCUGGGAGAGGUCGCCGAGGUGGUGUUUACGUUGACGUGUGGGCCUGGAGCCAGGCUGAUGAACGGGAAUUGCGUGCCUGUUGAUAAUGGCUUUUCGGCUGUUGCUUAGAUGUUGGGGUUAUGAUUAAUGUGUAUAUAGUAG